AUGUUCUACAGUUAUGAUAUCCUCACCUCCCCUGAGCAUGGGGUCGCCACGAUCUGGCUCGUCGCAACUUUGGGCUCUAGGUCGAUUGCCAAAAGACUGAACAAGAAGGCGAUUUUGGAUGUCGAUGUGCCUAGGGCUUGUAAUGUCAUUACGAACCCUGAAGCUCCGAUGGCGUUGAGACUUCAAGGGAGCUUGCUGUACGGAGUGUCGAGAGUUUACAGUCAACAAUGCGGUUAUACUCUCACUGAUGUGCAGGCGAUGCAUGACAAGAUGAGGGCGAUGUUGAAGGUUUUACCUGGAGGAGGACUGGAUCCUGCUGCUGGAAAGGCGAGACCCGACCAGCUCGUCCUCCCCGAUGAUCCAUCCUUCGUACCCGAAAUCAACCUCCCCGGUCUUGGAAUCGACUUCUCCAAGAUCACCCUCGAGCCACAAGCAGACACAAGUCGUCAGGACAGCUUCCUCUGGACCAAAUCUCCAGACCUUAGCCAAAUAGUCCCGGAGAAUCUCAACCUCCAACUCGACCUUUCGUCCGAAGAUAUCAUGAAAGACUUUGGCGGGUUUGGUUCGCAGUCUGAGACCAGCGGCUCUGUCCAACGAAGACCUCUGGGUAGAAUUGCUGCGGGUGCGUUGGACGAUGAAGCUGGUGUGUUACUGCAGCCUGAUUUUGAGUUCGAUGAGGAUGGAAAUAUCAUUGAGCUUUCUGGGGAGCGGGAAAGUCGUCCAAAUAUCCUGCGUGAUCAGCUUGCUGGAAGACACUUGAGUGAGACACCACUUGCUGGGAUGGGGGAUAAUAAUCUCUCGUGGGAUUAUCAGCCAAUGCUAGUAGAUGACGAUGAAGGCCGCGCCACUUACGCUCAAAACACUGCGACUCCCAUGCAACUCGCUAGAUCCAGACAGCCUUUCGAAAGCUCACCAGCGUAUGGACCCUCAAUUAACCAAGACAGUCAAACAGUCACAGCGCGGCAGUCUCGCAGAGUACCCAAAGUUGUCCCAGCAGACAACCAGACAGCCUUACGCAAUACCGAGCUCGCGCAAAUGAACAAUGAAUACGUGCAGAACAUGGCUGCUAUACUUAAGCAGAAGCAGAACAACAAAAUACCCGCUCAGGCCAAGAAGAAUGCUGUGUUUUGGGUAUUCGGUUUAGGGAUUGGUUCGGUGGGUAUUGGUCUGGGUGCGUCCCAGAUGCCGCAUCCUUUGCAGGUGUUUUCUGGUGAUGAAUUACAUACUGCCCUAAAUCCUCAGGAGAAGCGGAAAGCGCGAAAGCGAGCACGUCGCGCGGAUGACGAUGAAAGUGAUUCUGAUGAAGAGGGACGGCGAGUCCGUGCUAGGGAAGAAAUUGAAGAUCAGAUCGGACGUGGUGGUGAUGAUGUCGAAAUCGGUCGUAAUGCCCCACCCUCUCUCCGCGACGACAACUCCCAAAUGCCCUGGAACAUCACAGCCUCUAUCCAAAGCUCCCGUCACGGCUCAUCCGCGAACAUCUUCCGUGGACUCGGAAGCGUCAGUGAACUAUCGUCCCGCGGCAUGUCCGAGCCGGCAAGCAUCCAGCUUCCAGGAUUCGGCAGACCCAGAAGCCGACUUACAAGUGCGAGCCCCCUCGCUGGCCGAGGCUUCUCUUAUGACCUUGAGUCAUUGAAUGGCCUUGAGGGCCUUGAGGGAGAUAUUGGUGUGUAUGGGGACUUUGAUCUGAGUCAUUACUUGCAGGCUGAGGUUGACGGCGACGGAAAUGUUAUGCUUCGCAAUGACGACGGUGUGAAUGCUUCCGCGCAAAAGAGGGCUAGAACCAACACCCGUGGCACCAAUAGCCAACAGCGAUACUUACAGGAACAAGUCCUCCAGUCAUCCCUCGACCAGGAUACCGUGAACUUUCUCGACUUUAUGUACGCGCAGACGCUUGAUAUGCCUGAGAAACACGACUCAGAGGCUCAACAAGAAGAGGAUGAAGACUUGACGGGAUUCUCAACUCCAAUCCGUCAAGUCUCCGGAGUGAAAGAAAUCACAUUCUCGACUCUUCUGCCUCCGAAGGAGACGACUCGUACCGUGGCUACACAUGCACUCAUGCACGUCCUUACUCUUGUUACCAAGGGCUUCCUUGAGGUUCACCAGGAGGAGUACGAAGAUCGGAGCAGUGAGGAGCAUGGGGUUCUUUACCGGUAUGGGGAGAUUUUCAUGCGGUUGCCGUGA